UAUCACUGACAGCGUGACCGCUUUUCGUAAGGUGAUUGCAGCGUGCUCAGUCAGUGCGGACAGCCAUGGCUUCUGACGAACCCAAAGCAAAGAAACUUAAACUUUCUGAGGAUGAGAAGACUCAGUCCCCGAGCAAAAAGGCUUCCCCCGAACUAAGACCUAAUUUACUGUUUGGGAUGGGAAACCCCUUACUGGACAUCUCUGCUGUUGUGGACAAAGACUUCUUGGAUAAGUACUCUCUGAAGCCCAACGAUCAGAUCCUGGCUGAGGACAAGCACAAAGCACUAUUUGAUGAGCUUACAAAGAAGUUCAAUGUAGAGUACCACGCUGGAGGAGCCACCCAGAACUCAGUAAAGAUCGCUCAGUGGAUGAUCCAGGAACCUCAUAAGGUGGGCACCUUCUUCGGCUGCAUUGGGAAAGAUAAGUUUGGAGAGAUCCUCAAAAAGAAGGCGGAGGAGGCCCACGUGGACGCUCAUUACUAUGAGCAAGAUGAGGAGCCCACAGGGACGUGUGCUGCCUGCAUCACUGGGGAUAACAGGUCUCUGGUUGCUAACCUAGCUGCUGCUAACUGUUAUAAAAAGGAGAAGCAUUUAGACUUGGAAGAAAACUGGAAGCUGGUGGAAAAAGCUAAAGUCUACUAUAUAGCUGGUUUCUUCCUGACUGUGUCGUUGGAGUCCAUCCUGAAAGUGGCGAAGCAUGCUUCUGAAAAGAACAAGUUGUUUUGCAUGAACCUCUCUGCUCCCUUUAUCUGCCAGUUUUUCAAGGACAACCUGAUGCAGGUCAUGCCUUACAUCGACGUGUUGUUUGGCAACGAGACGGAGGCAACUGCUUUUGCCAAAGAGCAGGACUUUGAGACUAAAGACAUAAAGGAGAUUGCGAAGAAAGCCCAGGCAUUACCCAAAGUCAACACAAAGAGACAGAGAAUUGUUGUGUUUACCCAGGGAAAGGAUGAAACCAUCAUGGUCCUGGGCGAUAAGAUCGAAACAUUCCCUGUCCUGAAGAUUGACCCGAAGGACAUCGUUGACACAAACGGUGCAGGCGACGCUUUUGUUGGAGGAUUCCUUUCUGGGCUCGUCCAGGACAAACCCCUGGAUCAGUGCGUUAGGGCAGCACAUUACUCUGCAAAUGUCAUCAUCAGACGAGCAGGUUGUACCUUCCCAGAAAAGCCAGACUUCAAGUGAGGAACGUCGAGGAGCUCCUCCUUCAGCCUAAAAAAAACCUCUUGACCCUCACAGCCUCCACACCUCAGAUCCCCAGUUUUCCUUUGUUGUUCUAAUUGGUCAGUUAAUUUGUUCGUAAAUUCUUUUUAAAGUGUCUUAAUAUCUUAACGUACCUAUUGAUGGUUUGCCUGUUUCCAUUUUGUCCUCAAGAGGUCAGUAGAGGUUCAUCCUGCCAAGAUCAGAGGGGUGUUUUGUAUUUGUAUCUGACUGUUAAGGAUAUAUGGUUGCACGUUAUUGUAGUUGUCGUUAUGCAAAAAAAAAGAUGCAAAACCUCCUGUAGUCCAUCUUCCAGGUUCUAAGUGUGCAGACACCUCUGAGCCUUUGCUCAAAGCCCUGAUGUUGACAUCUCUCGAGUCCGUUUCAGAGACUGGGCACAAGCACAGACGGCCACCGCUGGGCAAAGCAUCACUAUCAAAACAGGCAAUUGAAGAUAAAAAAAAAAAAAACCCUAAACCUUCAGCAGCCAUUCUAGAUCAGUGUUAUAUCCGCUUUAAUGUUUUAUGUUUGUGUAUUUAAAGCACAGUAAUUAGUCAUGAGAGCUUCCACCCAGCUCAUGUUAGGUGAGCUAUGGGCCUUUUUUGUAGUUUUUUUAAACUCUAAAAUCAUCACAGGUUUUUUGGAAAAGUAACACUAGGUUUUUAAUUUUCUCCAAGAAGCAAUUCGUCUUCAAAAGGAGAUUGCUCAAAACUGCCUAAAACCUACUUUUUUUCUCUCUCUCUCUGUCUUUAUAACUGGUAAAUUUUUUCGAGCUUCUAUCAUUAAUUUAAGAUCUGAAAAUAAUAUUUAAGCCCGGUCAGUAUUGGGAAAUUUUAGGUCUUAAUUAGAAUUUCAGAAAACAACUCAAACUUCAAAUGACUGAAUCCUUUUUAGUUUUCUUUGUUGUAAAGUGAUGUUUAAAUCAGGCAGUGCUCUGACAGAAAUUGGCCCUUAAAGUUUGCAGCGUGAGUAAAGAAUAAAAACGCAUCUAGCAAACUGAAUAAAAUACAGAACAGAUCAUUUUCAGAUCAACAUGGGCUUUGAUUAUCUUUGUUUGUUUUCACGUUGGAAAAUAGCAUGUUGGUGCCACCACUAUGUGUUAGCAUGGGCGUGAUGUAUCAAGCGAUAUCGAUAAACUCUUUAAUUUAUGCAUCCACCUAGUUUAAUUAUUUAAAUUGCAAUGAGUUCAGAAUACUUUCUUUUUGUUGUAAAUAAUCCAACUUCAGAGGAUGAACUUGACUUUAGUUUUAUAUCCAUUUAGUGUUAAUUGUCAGCAGUAUUCUGAUACGUUAAGGGAUUUUCUCUGCUGUUUGACUUGAGCUAGAAAAACAACAGAUAGCUUGGAUUUUUUUAAAAACGUUUUUCAAAGCACUGGCCAGAGAUGUGUUCGUAUGGAGCAAAACUUGAAGGCUGCAGCAGUGUUUGAUAAAUUGCUGCUCAUGAGGGUGUUUUUUUUUUUUUUUUUUUGUUCAAGGUUGGAGCUGGGAGGUUAUCUCAGUUAAAAUGAACACCAUCUGUUUGUUUAUCUACUUAGAGAGACAUCUGUCGAGACUGAUAAAGACAAUAAAAAUGGGUUUAUUCUUAUUUUUUAAUCAGGUUUUUGUAAGGGGUAUAAUCUCUGCUGGAAAAACAAAAAAUAAGUGGAGGAAAUUUAGUCUACAACCACAGGGUAACUAGUUAUUAUGGGGCCAAUCAGUUCAAAUCAUGUCUACCUACCGGUACAUUAGAUUGUGACAUGUGAUCUGUGUGUCACUGUUUUUGAAUUGAAAAACUGAUUAUUGAAAUAGUCGAUAAAAUUUCAAUUAUCUAAAAUAGGCUGCAUCCAAAUGAUGUUUUGAAACUUGCCUGCUUAAAAUGUUUCUGUAUUUGAUGGACGUAUUUUCCAUGCGUGUCCAGAUACACCAAAAAGCCUUACGUGACCUUUUCUUCCUGGUCUCAUAACUGUGGGAGACUGUUAGAAGAUGGAUAAUAGAAUUAAAUUCAAUUAUGCCAAUUUCA